AUGAGUGUCAUUGCAGUAGAUAAGACGCUACACAGGCCCAUGUAUGUGAUGGUGUGUAACCUGGCUGCCUGUGACCUGCUGGGAGGAACAGCUGUGAUGACUCAGCUCAUGGUCGACUUCCUGGCUGGGGAGAAGAGAAAAGUGUACACCUGCGCCAUUGCUCAGGCCAUCUGUGUUCACACCUACGGUGCAGCUGUACAGACCAUACUGUCAGCCAUGGCCUUUGACAGAUAUGAGAGGAAAAGUUUUCAUAAUGUGCUGGUAGUGAGUGGUGUUCACAUAUCUUCCCCAAAAUACAGAGAACAGUGCAUACCCACAUGAAAAAAAUACUACCGUUUACUAUACAAUACUACAAUACUUAGAAUUCUGUAUGCUGAAGAAUAUUAUACAACACACUGUAGUAUCCCUCGAUCAUGUGUAGUACUUGCUAUAGAAUACUAUACUGCACACUGUAGUAUCCCUCGAUCAUGAGUAGUACUUAACUUUCAGUCAUGAAUAGUACUUACUAUAGAAUGUUGUACUACAUUGCAAUAGAACAGGGGUAUUCAACUCUUACCCUAUGAGGUCCGGAGCCUGCUGGUUUUCUUUUCUACCCGAUGAUUAAUUGCACACACCUGGUGUGCCAGGUCUAAAUAAGUCCCUGAUUAGAGGGAAACAAUGAAAAAAAGCAGUGGUACUGGCUUCGAGGUCCAGAGAUGAGUUUGAGGGCAAUAGACUGUCCCAUAAGACAUUUUACCAUAGUGUACUAAAGUAUGUACUAUAGUUUACCAUAGUAUACCGUGGUGCAUACUAUGGUACAAAUAAAUGUACAUUAAUAUAUGGCAUUUAUUUAUCAUGUACACCAGUGAUGGGCAACUCUAGUCCUCGGGGCCUGAUUGUUGUCACACUUUUGCCCCAGCCCAAGCUAACACACCUGACACCAAUAAUCAACAAACUAAUCAUGAUCUUCAGUUUAGAAUGCAAUUAGUUUAAUCAGCAGUUGUUUGCUAAGGAUGGGGAAAGUGUGACACCACUCCGGUCCCCGAGGACUGGAGUUGCCCAUCCCUGAUGCACAUAAAUAAUGUGUUGUACUGUAAAUAUUUAGCCAUUAGUUUGAAAAACAUUAUUGUCAUUGCACAGUAGAGUUAACAUGAAUCAGGUGGAAAGAUGGAAAUAAUUCCAUGAAUAAGAACAUUUUAUUUAUGGGAAUAAAUAAUGGUUCACCCUCAUAGACACAAUGUCUCUGAUAACUAGUCCAUCUCAAAGAGAGAAAUGUCAGUUGAGAAAAGCAAGUCAAGUGUGAAUACUACUAGACGACUACAAGAGGUAUCUAAUUCCUAUUUAAAGGUAAGCGGGUCACCAAUAGCCAUCAGUGAGAGAGGAACAUUUUUGGAGUCUGUAGAUAUCGUAGCGACAGCCACCUAUUAGAAAAUUUGGAGGUGUGACUUGAUGGAGGCGUGGCUUUUAGUUAGCUAAUUUUGGCCACCCGUGAGAGUGUAUGUCAUGCCAAAUUAAUGUGUUAUGUUGUAUGCUAAUAUUAAAAGCUAAGCUCCAUUGCUGCCAGUUCAGUGCCUUCAGAAAGUAUUCACACCCCUUGACUUUUUCCACAUUUUGUUGUCUUCCAGAUGGAAUUGAAAAUAGAUUAAAUAGAGAUUUUUUUGUCACUGGCCUACACACAAUACCGCAUAAUGUCAAAGUGGAAUUAUGUUUUUUGAAAUGUCUACAAAUUAAUUAAAAUUGAAAAGCUGAAAUGUCUUGAGGCAAUAAGUAUUCCACUCCUUUGUUAUGGCAAGCCUAAAUAAGUUCAGGAGUAAAGAUUUAUAAAAUAAUAUAUAUAUAUAUAUAUAUAUAAAAGGAAAAAUAAAUACAAAAACUAAAAAACAAUAUCAAUAUAAAACAAAUGAAAAUUUAAAAUAUACUCUAAAAACAAAAAAUAACAAAAUUAGAAAAAUAUAAAAUAAAUAUAAAAGAAAAAAGAUUUUAAGAGAUUAAAAAAAGAGAAAUAAAUAAUGAAAAAAUUAAGAAAAAAUAAAAUGUAAAGAGAUUGUCCCACUAGCUAUCAUAAGGUGAAUGCACCAAUUUGUAAGUCACUCUGGAUAAGAGCGUCUGCUAAAUCAUGUAAAUGUAAUGUAAAUGUAAGAUGUGCUUAACAAGUCACAUAAUAAGUUGCAUGGACUCACUCUGUGUGCAAUAAUAGUGUUUAACAUCCUUUUUCAGUAACUACCUCAUCUCUGUACUCCACACAUACAAUUAUCUGUAAGGUCCCUCAGUUGAAAAGUGAAUUUCAAACACAGAUUCAACCACAAAGACCAGGGAGGUUUUCCAGUGUCUUGCAAAGAAGGGCACCUAUUGGUUAGAUGGUAAAAAAAAAAAAAAGAAGCAGACAUUGAAUAUCCCUUUGAGCAUGUUGAAGUUAUUAAUGACACUGGAUGGUGUAUCAAUACACCCAGUCACUACAAAGAUACAGGUGUUCUUCCUUCUUAACGAAACCACUAAGGGAUUUCAACAUGAGGAAAAUGGCGACUUUAAAACAGUUACAGAGCUGUGUAAUUGGUAUGCUGACUGCAGGAAUGUCCACCAGACCAGUUGCCAGAGAAUUUAAUGGUAACUCUACCAUAAGCCGCCUCCUAUGUCGUUUUAGAGAAUUUGGCAGUACGUCCAACCGGCCUCACAACCGCAGAUCACGUGUAUGCGUCAUGUGGGCAAGGUGGUGGUGGGGUUAUGGUAUGGGCAGGCAUAAGCUACGGUCAAUGAACACAAUUGCAUUUUAUCGAUGGCAAUUUGAAUGCACAGAGAUACCGUGACGAGAUCCUGAGGGCCAAUUGUCGUGCCAUUCAUCUGCCGCCAUCACCACGUUUCAGCAUGAUAAUGCACUGCCCCAUGUUGCAAGGAUCUGUACACAAUUCCUGGAAGCUGAAAAUGUUCUUCCCUGGCAUGCAUACUCACCAGACAUGUCACCCAUUGAGCAUGUUUGGGAUGCUCUGGAUAUAUGUGUACAACAGCAUGUUCAAGAUCCCUUCACUAUCCAAUAACUUCGCACAGCCAUUGAAGCGGAGUGGGACAACAUUCCACAGGCCACAAUCAACAGCCUGAUCAACUCUAUGCGAAGGAGUGUCGCGCUGCAUGAGGCAAAUGGUGGUCACACCAGAUACUGACUGGUUUUCUGAUCCACACCCCUACUUUUUUUUUAAAGGUAUCUGUGACCAACAGAUGCAUAUAUGUAUUCCCAGUGGGGAAAUCUAUAGAUUAGGGCCUAAUGAAUUUAUUUUCAAUUUCCUGAUUUCCUUAUAUGAACUGUAACUCAGUAAUAUCUUUAUAUUUUUGUUCAGUGGUUACUCCACAAUACUAACCUAAUCUUAUAUUUCUCAAAACAUGUUUUCACUUUGUCAUUAUGGGGUAUUGUUUGUAGAUGGGUGAGAAAAACAUAUAAAUGUAAUCCAUUUUGAAUUCAAGCUGUAACACAACAAAAUGUGGAAUAAAUCAAGGGGUAUGAAUAUUUUCUGAAGGCACUGUAAGUGCACGUAUUACUAAAGGGCUUUAUAGUUAUCCAUUGUGAGGUUCACCAUUUCACAUUAUUAUUAUGUUGUAGUGAAAUACUAUAGUAAAUCUGUAAGAUACUUCGGUCUGCACAAACACUAUAGAAAGAACUAUUGUACAUUACACUACAGUAAUAUCCGGAAAAAUAUAGUAAAUACUAAAGUAUACUACAGUAAUAUCUUCAAAAACACUACAGUAAAUCCUACAGUAUACUACGGUAAUAACCGCAAAAACACUACAGUAAACACUAUAGUAUAUACUAUAGUAUUUCAACUAUAGUAAUACUAUAGUAUUGAUACUAUAGUAAACAAUAGUAUUUUUUUUAUGUGGGUAGCCGUUAGCUAACUAUUUUAUGCUAUUCUAACUGCAGGUACAGUAUGUGGCGGUUGACCACUGUGGCGGUGAACCACUGAGGUACCAUGCUAUCAUGACCACGGCCCACAUUGUGUUUGUAAUCGUGCUGGCCUGGGCCAUCAGCCUUAUAGCUGUGCACUUCACUUUGAAUAUGGGUACUUCCCUAUGUGGCACCAACAUCAGGCAUGUCUACUGCAGCAACCGCUCCAUCCUGAACCUGGCCUGCUUACCAACCUCCAUCAACAACAUUUACGGCAAGUAAGUGUAUUCUUCAUGUCAUUCCAGGUUUGUGCAUGACUUGUCUUGGACUCUCAGCAGCAGCUCCUUCUUUAUUGUCAGUUUCUGCUGCACCAAGAUCCUGUCAGCCUGUCUGAUGAGGAAGAGUGACAAAGGCAGUCGAAAUAAGACCUUACAGACCUGCACCUCCCACCUGGUCAUCUAUGUGAUCUAUGAGAUUGUCAGUCUUAUGAUCAUCAUCAGCUACCACUAA